AUGGCGUUUGUUAAGUCCUCAACUUGCCCGAUUAUCGGGAACAAUCAAACGGGUAGUAGUUUUUGGAAGGCGACAACGGAAAGAUUUAACGAGAUUAUGGAGCAAGGCCCGAUGCGUGAUCUCGAUUCCGUCUCGGGCAAGUGGCGUAAAAUGAGCAAGGCCAUCAAUACCUUUAGCGGGUAUUAUAACCAAAUUUACACUAAUCCUCCUAGUGGGAGUAACGACGAGGACAUUCUUAACCUUGCUUUGAAAGAAAACAAAUGGAAGCCGGUUCCAAAUGAGGUCGCAACCGCCAAACGAAGUAAAACUUCCGAGUCCAAAAGUUAUAGUGCGGGAGGCUCCACCGCUCGUUGUCAAAUCGACAUAAACGACGACCCGGAAUAUGACGAGGAUGUGUUGCCAGUUCACGAGUCGGAACGUCCCACCGGAAGGGAUAAAGCAAAAAAAGAGGCAGCCGGAAAGCGAAAAGGGGGUGGCUCGAGCCAAACGACUUCGGGGGCGGGUUCGAAAAUGGACGAGUUGAUAUCCGAAUUCCGUUCGUUCAAAGAGCUCGUGGCCGAAAAAUAUAGUUACAAGAAAACCUUGUUGGCCGACUAUGCUCGAGCGGAGGAUUUUAGGAUUAUGAGGUUGGAUCUCGACUCAGUUCCGGAGGAUGAAUGCGAGGUUUAUUGGAGGAUGAAAGAGGAGAGAAAUCGGCUCACCACCAUCACCUCUCCGGUCACCCCCAUCAUUUCUUCGGUCACCACCAUCACUUCUCCGGUCACCACCUCGUCUCCGCGGUCUACAUCUACUUGA